UUUGGGUAAAACACAUAGAUGGGGUGUAGCUAGCAAUAGUUCUUGUGAACAAUCGGCAAUCCGGUAUACCGGUAGUGUGGAAAAGACCACAGAACAAUCGGCAACCUUGUUGAUUUUCGAAAAUGGCCUCUCUCCCCGACGAACUCUGGAGCAGAAUUCUCGAAAUCGGUAUCGGAAACAGCACUUUGACCUACAAGGACCUCUGCUGCAUCUCCAUCACAUCCCGUCUCCUUCAUCGCCUCUCCUCCCAACACUCUCUUUGGAACCGCCUUCUCUCCUCCGACUUCCCUCUCUCACUUUCUUCUCCGAUUCCUUCUUCCUCUUCUUCUUCUUCCAAAUCCCUUUAUAAACUCAGGUUUGAGAGAGACAAGGAGAGGAAAAUAGCAGCUCAUAGGAGGGCUGUACUGAGAAAGGAGAGCCAGAUUUCCGAACAUUCUAGAAGGCUCCAUGAUAUUCAGACACGCGUGUCUCAAGAAAAAAUCAAAGCUAUCCAAACUUCUAAUGAGCUCUCACAUUUGCGUAGGGUCAGAGAAGCUUCUGUAGCUUUGAAUGUAUGGCAACCUGUGGUUGUCCGGGGUAGGCAAAAACAGAUGGUGGAACAAUGUGGUGUACCGGCUGAAUCUCGGAUACGUACGCUCGAGAUGGAACUCAGGCUUUGUAAGCAACAGAUUAUGGGUUUGGAGAAGUCUCAUAGAGACGAAAAACGCAGACUUGAUGUUGCGAAGAAAGAGUUGGAAUCUAUGAAGUAUCAUCCUCUUCGAGAGAAUAAGCCUGUGAGUAGAGAGGAGAAUGAACGUAUCGGCAAGCAAAAGAAGUUGAAAAGCUGCAAUGGAUUUGCAACAAGUAGAUAAUGCUCUCAUUCUUGUGAAGGCAAACAUAAUGGUUCUUAUUCGCGAGUUAGCUGUUUACCAACAGACUGUUGCAAAUUGAUUAUCAGCCUCCAAAAGAAGGGCAACACAAAUUGAUUAUCAUGAAUGGAGAAAAUAUGCUGUUAUAAAGCAAUACCAGCCAAACACUAAUCAACAAAGCUGGAAUAGCUCAGUUGCUUAGAGUGCGUGGCUGUUUUGCUUAGGAUUCCUUACAUAAUGAAAAUCAUGUUUCAUCUUUUACUUAUGAUUAAUAGGGGUUUCCAUUGUGAGGCUUGGUUGUCAA